UGAAAAUGAACAAAUUACUGACCUGAGAGCAAUUUGAAGGCAAACUUCAAGCCUAAUUUUAGCUUAUAUAUUUCCCCGCUAAACACCACAUCGCGCUCUAAAUAUAACCUCUUUAUUCGCAAAGAGUAUCAUUUAAAGAUCUCCCGAUGAUGCAAACCCCACAAACACUCGUUCCGUGUCCAAAAAGCUGUCUGAGGAGGCGGCUCUACGGGAUUUGAGACGCAGCCAGUGAGCGCACGAUGAUUGGUUCAAACUUUGGAUAGUCUUGUAACUUCUGUAAGUUAUUGUUAGUCAGUCAUGUAAAAAGUUAAGCGACGCGACUGCAUGCUUUCUCUCUCUCUCUCUCUCUGAGUUUCCACAUGCGGAUUAUAGCUGUAGUUACUCUUCCCCCGGAAUGAUUUCAGCUAGUUAUAAAGGUAAAACUUCAUCGGAUGAAGAAGAUGAGGAUCAGGGCGCGCGCUCGGUCCAGACGCGAGGUCUGUCGUUCAGCGUCGAAGCCCUCAUGUCGAAGAAAGGACGGAGGGAAUCGACUUCACGGAUGCCCUGCAGAAUAAACCCGGAUGACCGAGCUGUGGAUCUCCCCAAACGCUGUGAAUCUGCCAAAGAGGACCCUUCCUGGAUCAACAAACCCAGAUUAUCACCGCGACCUCAGAGUCCAGCGGCAUGCACCCUCCGGAAGCACAAGACCAACCGCAAGCCCCGGACCCCUUUCACGACCGCCCAGCUCUUGGCCCUGGAGCGGAAGUUUCGUCAGAAGCAAUACCUGUCUAUCGCCGAGCGCGCCGAGUUCUCCGGCUCUCUCAGCCUGACCGAGACCCAGGUGAAGAUCUGGUUCCAGAACCGGAGGGCGAAGGCCAAGCGUCUGCAGGAGGCGGAGCUGGAGAGGCUCAAGAUGAGCAGCAAACCCGUCCUUCGUCCCGGCCUCGCUCUGCCGUUUCCCCUCUGCACGCAGAGCCAGACCGCAGCUCUCUUGUGCGGACAGUCUUUCCCCUUCAGCAGACACGUGCUGCCCUUUGCACCUGUAGGAAUAUACUCCACACCGCUGGGUUACAGCGUGUGUCCGCUCUCCAAAGACGGCUUCUCCGUGGAGCCAGUCUAGAGGAUCUAUCGCUUCACAUUUAACUAUUCAUGGAAAAAACACUGCUGGACAUACUGACGCUUUUAUGUUUGACAGGACGUUAUGAAAUUGUACGUGUGCUUAGGAUGACUUCUUUCCUCCUUCAUUGCAUUUGUGAAUGUGACGUUACACUCUUAAAAAUCAAAAAGAGGUUUUCUGAAGCAUUUAGGGUUCGCCAAAGAACCUUCAAGUGAACCGUUUUUCCUUGGAUGUUAAAGGUUCUUCAUAGAACCAAAGAUUCUAGUAAAGAAAUAUAGAUUUGCUGAUUUUUUUUAAUUGUCACAAAAUGCUAUGUCUUUCUUCUCUAACUUCCUGGGCAUUUUUGGAUAUUGUAUUACCCAAUAUUUUGCGAUAAAAUAUAGAUUUUGGUUUUUUAAAGUCACACUGAA